AUGCCCUACGUCAAGUACUUUCAGAUGGCGACGGUGAAGCCCGACGGGCGCCCCGCGAACCGCACGGUGGUGUACCGAGGGUUCCUGGGCGACACCCCCGACAUCACCAUGGUCACUGACCUGCGCAGCGGCAAGGUGCAGGAGAUCCGCGCCAAUCCCGCGGGUGAGUUCGCGUGGUACAUGCCCGAGACGAGGGACCAGUUCCGCAUCGCCGGCGACCUCACCGUCGUCGCGCACGACUCGGCGACGAUGCAGAAGGAGCGGCAAGAGGCGUGGGCCAAGAUGAGCCCCGGGGGGAGGGCGCAGUUCGCGUGGCCGGUGCCGGGGUUCCCCCGGCUGGACGACGAGAAUCCGGACGCGUUCGACAUCCCCGAGGAGCUCAUCUCCGAUCCCAACGCCGUGCUCGAGAACUUUUGCCUCGUGGUGAUGAGGGUGGACGAGGUGGACCACCUGAGCCUUCGCAAGAACCGGCGGUGGCAUCACACGCGCAAGGGCGGGACCGACGAGUGGGAGACGGUGGAGGUGAAUCCGUGA